CCUCUCGCCGUCCGCCUCCCUCCCGCCUCCCUCCCUAGGGUUCGACGCCCGCCCGCCCGCGGCGAACCUUCCCGCCCGCCUCGCCGGCGGCGUCCGCGGCCAGAAACAUGGCUGGCGGCUUCCGCGUGCUGCAUCUCGUCAGGCCCUUCCUGGCCUUCCUGCCUGAAGUGCAGAGUGCUGACAGGAAGAUACCAUUCAGGGAAAAAGUCAUCUACACCGUCAUUUCUCUCUUCAUCUUCCUGGUGUGCAGUCAGCUCCCGCUCUAUGGCAUCCACUCAACUACUGGAGCAGAUCCUUUCUACUGGAUGCGUGUUAUCCUUGCCUCAAACCGUGGUACUGUCAUGGAGCUGGGUAUCACCCCAAUUGUGACGUCUGGAAUGGUCAUGCAACUUCUGGUGGGAUCCAAGAUUAUUGAAGUUGACAACAGUGUGAGAGAGGAUCGUGCUCUCCUGAAUGGUGCACAGAAGUUGCUUGGCAUCCUGAUUGCCAUUGGGGAAGCUGUGGCAUAUGUUCUCUCUGGAAUGUAUGGCAGUGUGAGCCAACUUGGAACUGGCAAUGCUAUUCUCAUUAUCCUUCAGCUUUUCUUUGCUGGCAUCAUUGUCAUCUGUCUAGAUGAACUUCUCCAGAAGGGCUAUGGUUUGGGUUCUGGCAUUUCUCUGUUCAUUGCUACCAACAUCUGUGAGAACAUCAUCUGGAAGGCGUUCAGCCCCACAACCAUCAACAGUGGACGUGGUGCUGAAUUUGAAGGGGCUGUCAUUGCAUUGUUCCAUCUGUUGAUUACUCGGUCUGAUAAAGUCCGUGCCCUACGAGAGGCUUUCUACCGUCAGAAUCUGCCAAAUGUGACCAAUUUGCUUGCUACUGUAUUGGUCUUCCUCAUAGUUAUCUAUUUCCAAGGCUUCCGUGUUGUGCUUCCAGUGAGAUCAAAGAAUGCUCGUGGGCAGCAAGGCUCAUACCCAAUCAAGCUGUUCUACACUUCCAACAUGCCCAUCAUUCUGCACUCUGCACUGAUUACCAACCUGUACUUCAUUUCCCAGCUUCUGUACAGGAAGUACAGUGGAAAUUUCCUGGUUAACCUUCUCGGCAUCUGGAAGGAAUCUGAAUACUCUGGUCAUUCUAUCCCUGUUGGUGGUCUUGCUUACUAUGUGACAGCACCAUCCAGUUUGGCUGAUAUUCUGGCGAAUCCAUUCCAUGCAUUGUUCUAUGUGGUCUUCAUGCUGUCAGCAUGUGCUCUCUUCUCAAAAACAUGGAUUGAAGUUUCUGGUUCAUCGGCCAAGGAUGUUGCUAAGCAGCUCAAGGAACAACAAAUGGUGAUGCCAGGCCAUCGUGAGUCAAACUUGCAGAAGGAGUUGAACAGAUACAUCCCUACUGCUGCUGCAUUUGGUGGAGUAUGCAUUGGCGCGUUGACUGUUCUGGCUGAUUUCAUGGGUGCUAUCGGUUCAGGAACCGGUAUACUGCUGGCCGUUACCAUCAUCUACCAAUACUUCGAGACCUUUGAGAAGGAAAGAGCGACAGAGCUUGGUUUCUUUGGUUUUUGAUUCAUAGCUUUGGGGGCAUGUUAUGGCUGCAGCUCAGUCUUCUCGACGGUCUUAGUACUUCUUGGCUGGCUGUUGUGGUUGUAACUGGAGAUCUUAAAUUAUGUUUAGGCUGCCCGACUUAUUUACAGUUGAGAAAUUUGUAGAUGCUGCGUGCAUUCUCAGGCCAGUUUGGUGGCGGACCUGUCCAAGGACGGACAUGGCCACCAUCGACCAUCUUUGUAGCCUUCUCAUGUCUUUUGACUAUAGCAACUGAAUGUUUUGGGAUCAAUUUAGUUAUCCAGAGCUGAGUAUAUGUUUCUUUUUUGCU